CCUCCCUCCCGGCCUCCCUCUCCCAGCCAAACUGCCCGCCGGACCCCAGGCCGCCUCCCCGCCGCCGCCGCCCCGCCGCCCCGCCGCCGCCCGGCCUCCCCGCGAGCGCUCCACCAUGGACAGUCCUGUUUUCACCUUAUAAAGAUGGCGGUGCGGGAUCGCUGCAACCUUUAGACUAAUGACUGUCCGAAACAUCGCCUCCAUCUGUAAUAUGGGCACCAAUGCCUCUGCUCUGGAAAAAGACAUUGGUCCAGAGCAGUUUCCAAUCAAUGAACACUACUUUGGAUUGGUCAACUUCGGAAACACGUGCUACUGUAACUCCGUGCUGCAGGCCUUGUACUUCUGCCGGCCGUUCCGGGAGAAUGUGCUGGCAUACAAGGCCCAGCAAAAAAAGAAGGAAAACUUACUGACGUGCCUGGCAGACCUCUUCCACAGCAUUGCCACGCAGAAGAAGAAGGUUGGCGUGAUCCCACCAAAGAAGUUCAUCUCGCGGCUGAGAAAAGAGAACGAUCUCUUCGAUAACUACAUGCAGCAGGACGCUCAUGAGUUUUUAAAUUAUUUGCUAAACACCAUUGCGGACAUCCUGCAGGAGGAGAAGAAGCAGGAGAAACAGAACGGGAAGUUAAAAAACGGCAACAUGAAUGAGCCUGCAGAGAGUAAUAAACCGGAACUCACCUGGGUCCAUGAGAUUUUUCAGGGAACGCUGACCAAUGAAACGCGAUGCUUGAACUGUGAAACUGUUAGUAGCAAAGAUGAAGAUUUUCUUGACCUUUCUGUCGAUGUGGAGCAGAAUACAUCUAUUACCCACUGUCUGAGAGACUUCAGCAACACAGAAACACUGUGUAGUGAACAGAAAUAUUAUUGUGAAACGUGCUGCAGCAAACAGGAGGCCCAGAAAAGGAUGAGAGUGAAGAAGCUGCCCAUGAUUUUGGCCCUGCACCUGAAGCGGUUCAAGUACAUGGAGCAGCUGCACAGGUACACCAAGCUGUCCUACCGGGUGGUCUUCCCGCUGGAGCUCCGGCUCUUCAACACGUCCAGCGACGCCGUGAACCUGGACCGCAUGUACGACCUGGUGGCCGUGGUGGUUCACUGUGGCAGCGGUCCCAACCGUGGGCAUUAUAUUACUAUCGUCAAGAGUCAUGGCUUCUGGCUGUUGUUUGAUGAUGACAUUGUAGAGAAAAUAGAUGCCCAAGCUAUUGAAGAAUUCUAUGGCCUGACAUCAGAUAUAUCAAAAAAUUCAGAAUCUGGAUAUAUUUUAUUCUAUCAAUCAAGAGAAUAACUUAAAGAACUGCGGGACUCAUUCAAAUGGAGGGAAAUGUUCCAAGCACUCCUACGUGGUUUCCCUGCACCCUUUCCUCCCCAGCUGCCCACCAGGGGUAGGACGCCACGUCUGAUGGUCUGGCUGUGUUAGACUUUCUCUCCCUUUGGUUUAUUAUUUUUUAUUUUAUUUUAUUUUAUUUUUUACAUGCAGCACUACUCGUGGUUUUAUUUUAGUCUGAGGUAGAGUUAACUGCAAUCAGAUCGUAGUAAGAUUUCUAUGAGUAACAGUUGCUAAUUUUAGGAUCGGGUAAACGCCCCACCACUGGCCGUGUCUGGCUGAAUCCGAGUGACAUUUCCAGCGAAUGUCUGCAGUCUGUUUGGGUCUCUGCUGCACGGCCUAAAUGCCUCCCGGGAUCGUGUCUCAGUGCAUUCCUUUCCCUUGUCCCCAGACGCACUGCUACCCAGUGUUUGCUGCUCUGCCUCUUUCCCGCCAGAAGGACAGAAGAAUUGGGUAGAUGUUCACCUUUUAGGGGCUGCAAUCAUAGCUUUAAGUUUGUGCAAACGAAAACGUUUCAAAGUGAGUAACCUCAGUACGCAAAGCCUCCUCCAGGCCAAACAGGGUGACGAGAAGCUGUUCCUGAUGGCUGGUGGCUAGCGCCAGCCAAGGGCUGUGCUGUCCCAGCCGGGAGAGCCCCCGAGGCUAAGAAGGGAGGGAGCUCAGGGCAGGCGAAGCCCAGAGGAGGAAGCAUCCAUGGACAGGGAGAAACUACUUUUCUUCUCUUUCUACCAAAACCACGUGGCAGGAAAAGAACCCUGCGCUGUUUGUCUUUAGGGACCCUCUACUUCCGGAGGUCCCGUGAGUUGUCUGUCCUCUCUCUGGCACUGCUGAGCGUUGUCACGGGUGUCUCUCCAGGCCUGCCGGUGUUGUGCGGUCUGUGGUCACAGGGCUGGGACACCGCGGCCACUGCUUCCGGCCCAGCCCUCUGUGGCCGGGCAGCGCCCACAUCCUUCUCGCUCAGUGAGGACGGCGCUGCCCCCUCGCCGCCAUCGGCCUCGUUGCCCAGCCGUCGGCUUUGUCACGUUUCCGGCCGUUUGUGCAGGCACCGAUGAGCCCCGGGACUGCCAUGGAACCUUCCCAAGAGGGGUUACUGGAGUUAGCUGGGUGUGGAGGUGGGUCCGAGGAAGUGCGAGUGGGUGGGCGGAGGAAUGAACAAAAUGGUGGCGUCUCUUUGGCUCAGACUCCUUGAAUGCUUGACAGGACCGCUUUCUGGAAGAACCUCAUCUCACUAGAGUUACUUUUACCUUUUUCACUUUUGUUAUGUAUGUAUUUAUUAGAUCAUACGCGUGUUGGUACCUUUUAUUGAAAGGGUCAGUUUGGUGUUUUGCUGUCGAGCUGGUUUUUGGAUUCUUUCAAGUAACUAUGGGUCCUAGAUCUUGGCGUCCUUUGGGAAGCCAGUGACUUCCAUACACUCUAACAUACUGUGAACGUAUUAUUUUGUUACCUAAUAAAUCGGCGAGUGAACACGCAGAUGUUUGGCAUAAUGUGAAUUAAAACUGAAAUCGAACAUGUUAGUGGCCAUCUUGUAACAAUGAAGAGCAUAGCACUUUAUCUAGGUGAAAACUGGAUUUCUUGUCUUUGAGAUACCUUGAACUGUUUAUUGCUCAGAACCUAACUAAGCAUGCCAACACUUCAUUUGUUCAUGCUUGUAGUGAAACGUUUUACUUUUCACUGGAAAAGACAAAAACAGGGUGAUCUUCACGUUAUUGUUUUAUACAAGUGACGAAAAUAUACCUUGCCUUGUUUAGAGGCGAAUUCGUAUUUAUAAAUAUUUUGUCUUUUUUUUUCCCUCCAUGAAACAUAUGCAGUAAUCACUUACCUGGAAGGUGAGUAUUUAUUCUGUUUUUAAGGAGAGACACUUUGCAAUUGAAGGUGACUGAUACAAGGAAUUGUUUGUACUAUAUAUAACCCAUAUAUUUGACUUCAGGUUGCAAAGUUUUAAGAAAAAAAAAUGAUGGUUCAUAUCUAAUAUAUUUGGAACUGAUUCAUAAGAAAAACUAUUAAAAUUAUCUUUGAAAUGACUCUUGAAGCUAAUUUAUUAGAAAAAAAAUUUUUCAAUUGGAAGCCUACAAUAGUAAUAUCUAAAUGCUAAGUCCUAGAUUCAGAGCAUUUUCUUUAUUACUAAUAUUAUUUCUUUUGUAUGUGUAAAGAGUUUUUUCCAGUGACUUAACAGAAGAAACUGAAAGGAUCAGUUAAAAUUCAGUAUUCCUGGAUAGAGGUUAGGAAUAGAGAACAAGUAUGGAAGGUAAUGGAAAAGCAUUAAAAUGGUGAGGCAAGAAAAGAAGAUUGGAGAAAGACCAAAUCACACUUAUCUGCAGUCACUCCAUCAGAUUUUUAAACUUUAGAGCUAUCUGAUCAUUUCUUUCCUCUUCAAUAAAUGAGACAAACACUAGGCAGCUACAUUUCCCCUGUAUCAUUUCACUUCAUGUAAAGACAGUAGCAUGCAAACACUUCCAUUUUUCAUCCCUCAUUCAUCGUGGAAAGCAGAACGGUGUGAGAUGUGUGCGACCAUUCUGAGGUCAACGAUAGCACAAAGGCUCAGCAGUAUUCCCUCAAAUCGCAGGGGUUUUGUGUGUCAUCUUCUAGCGGGGAGUGAGUGGGCCUGCUGUAUUUCUUUUAACUGCUGCGGUUUCAGAAUAAGUUACAGUGUUUCCCACUUGAACGAGAGAAGACAUGUUUGCUUUAUUGGUUACUUACUAGCUGAGCACCUAGGUUACGGUACAGUUUGCUAAAAAGGCAUUUGUAUGAGAACAAAUUUUGGCAAAAUGCUGACCCCCAGUCCUGUUACACGGGUGCAUUUUCCAUUCCAAGGCAGCAGUGGGCUGCUGUGCAGAGAGCCAAGGAACACUACAAAAAGGUGUUGGCUUGAAUCGGAAGCCAGUCGUAUGUGGCAUUACGGCCUGGCAUAUUUUGGAUUUCAGAUGAAAUAGGGAAAAAAAUGAUAGGAAUGGUCCCUAUACAUUUAUUUUCAUGAAUGUGCUUAAUUUCACGGGCAUGCCUAACCACGAACUAUGUUCUAACUGGGGCUUAGGACUUAUUUUAGCUAUUGGAGUGUAGCUUUAUUACAGAUGGGUUUUAUCUUUAAACUGCAUUUUGAUCAACUUUGUAUAUUCACAUGUAUUAAAAUAUCGUGCACUAAAUGUUUUGCCCUCAUUUGCUCUUAGAUGGUCAAGGCAUUUAUGCACACUGUUGUGAAUAACUCAUGUAAAUGGCAUGGGUCAGAGAAAAUUAUUUCCCACUUUUCUGCCUAAUUAAAUUUCUGUUUUCCAGUAUUACAUUAAUUUAUUUUUGGCUUUCAUUUUUUUUUGUAACCAAAGUAGUUACUGUAUUUGUGUGGCCUUUGUUUGAUUUUGUUGCUAAAGAAAAGAAAGUUUAGUUUUUAUUUAAAAUAAUCUGUACCUUAAUUUUCUUUUUAAUGUAACCAAUUCAAGCACUUUAAGCAAUAACGUCAAUCUUGUGAAAGUUCAAUCAGUUUAACACCCUGCGUCUAAAAUUGUUUGCAAAAAAAAUAAAUAAAUGUAAUAGGAAUUCUCUUCCUAGAGAAUUAUAUCUUGGUAAUGUUAUACACAUGGGUUAUAAAACCCCUUUUAUAAAAUGGGAGUUAUUGGCAAGUCUCCGGCCCCGGUGAUCAUUCCCAACUUAAUUUCGAAGCAGUGGAAGUGUAAAUAACCUUCUGGUUGCUGGUGAUAUAUAAUUGCAGUGCUACUGUCCAGGUUGAUAAAGUCGGUGUUCUGAAGGUAACUUGGUCCUGUUUCUGAGUUUAAAAAAAGAAAAGAAAAGAAAAAGAUCAACAGAAGUAAUCCAGAAACCUGUAUUUGGGAAAUAGCAAAUUGAGGCUCUCAGUUAGGGGAGAAAAAAGGGGAGGGGGGUCAGGUAUAUUAGACAUCACAGUGAAUUCCUUAGCUCGGGCUCUGCAUAUAAAAAUCUUUUACCAGUUAUGAAAUAGAAAGAUCCAUUCCCCAUAUAAGAAAGUGGCUUCCAGCCUCUGAAUUCUAGGCCCGAGUCGCGGUAUGAUCCUGGACCUCUUGUACUGACAGCCGGCCCGGGGUUUCUGGAGGUUUCUGAGCUGUGGGGCCCCCAGCGGGGUGCACCCCACUCCCUAUAGGGACCUGCCUGGUGGGGGCAGCAUGUUGUCUCCUUCCUGAGACUCAGGCUUGCUGUUAAGAUGCUCUAGGCUUGCCCCCAUCUCUCCCCGCCCCAGGCCAUUCCCUUCAGGGGGUCCGCGUGUGGGCAGGAGUUGUCAUCUGAAUGCAUCUUGCAUGCAUCUGCCUGCGCCCAGUGAUGGGAACUAAAGACCCACAGAACAAUUUCCAUCCAUCUUCUCUCGGGGCAAGUCAGCUGAACCCGACUGAACUGGAAGGUCACCAGGGUCUGCCAGGAGUUUCGCAGGAAGGGAGGACCUUAGGAAAGCCUCGCUCUUUUCUAGGCCUGGUUCUGUCCAUCGGUUAAAUGGAGUACGCAGGAUAGGUAUGUCCCCACCAGCAGAACCCAUUUCUGGGGAAUGAGAUGUGUUCUCCAUUUAUCCUCCGUUUCUGUACAUUGACACCUAAAUACCUUUAACCGUAUGAAGCCUGCCUUUACCUUCUGUUUCCAUGAACAUAAAAAUCCUCGUGAAGUCGUUUUCCCCGAGGGAAGAUUUUGAUCUGGAGAAUGGUACUAAAGACAAACCACUUAGACUUGUCCUAGAGAUGCUCCAAGUGGAGAGAUUUCUAAUGAAGUAACCAUUCAGCACCUAUUACGUGCCAGAUUUGUUGGGAGUCAGGGGACAACAAAGGGGAGCAGACAGGACCCCCUUUCUCAUUGUUUACCUCAGGAAAAAAAGAAAAGUGUCUCUGGAAAAGAAAUUUAAAUGGAAAUACUGUGUCUGAGGGGAAUUCACAGCUGAGCACAGUUUGGCCAGAGUCUCACGGAGCAGGUGGGCAGUUAGAUAAAGCAGGCCAGUCCCUUUCUCCCUUGGGACCCCCCUCUUGGAAUCCCACUUGCGACCCUGCCUGCUCCUGCAAGGGGCAGCCCAUUUUUAAAAAACAGUGUAAAUCUGUUACAUUGUAGCAAUGGCCUUGAGCAUUUUGCCUCUUAAUUUCAUGUCAGAAGAGCCAGAAUAUUCAAAGUCUUAACAGAGGGUUUUAUGAAUAAAAUAAACAAUCCUUUUACAUUGUUACCAAAUAAUUAACAGCCUGUCCAAACGUUAGCCAAACCAGUCUGGGCAUGAGCGUUUCUAAGCUAUGUGACUAAAUGACUUUAUGGACUUAACCAACCUGUGUUCCCCUUUUUGAGUUUCCCUAUGUUUUAAAAGCGCUUUGAACAAAGCACGUGAGGAGCUUACAAAUGAGAAGCUUCAUUUCGGUUGUGAGACACCAGAGUCAGAAGCGACAUUAAAUGUUGUAAAAAGAAUUCCUAAUUUUGUGCUCAUUUCCCACACGGUGGUUCAUAAUAAAGUAUUUAUUAACGA